UCGGCUCUAUAACGUCACGUCUUAUUGAGCGUUGCUAAUAUAAACUCUGGACGGGACCGUCAUCGACACAACGUGCAUCAUCAUCAUCAUCAUCAGCCCAGAGCCAUCUAUCUAUUCUAGUUGUAAGGAAAGGACCCCAUAUCGACCGCAUGAGCAGUCCACCGCCACCACAACGCUUCGAACCCGUAGUAAUCCCGACCAUCACCCGGUACACACACAUCUACAGCCCCGCAGGCACCGCCAUGAGCAGCACGAAGGAGGUCGGCAUCUUCCCCGCCGCGGGCGGCCUGGGCGGCAGCACCUACAGGCACCUGCUGCGGCUGGUGCCCGGCGACCGCGUGACGCUCAUCAGCCGGCACCCGGACAAGGUCGAGGCCGGGUACCGCGACGCCGGGGUGAGGGCGCGCAGGGCGUCGUACGAGUCGCCGCCGCAGGAGCUGGAGCUCGCCUUCAGCGGGCUGGACGUGCUGUUCCUCGUGUCGUACCCCAGCCACGUCCACGAUUACAGGGUGAAGGUGCAACUCCCAGCCAUAGACGCCGCCAAGCGGGCGGGCGUCAAGCACAUCUUCUACAGCAGCCUGGGCUUCGGCAGCGACGCGGCGGGCGGGGCGCUCAAGGCGGAGUCCAAGGCGGUCGUGAUGCAGGCGCACCUCGACAGCGAGGCGCACCUGGCCCGGCUCGCGGGGGAGGACCCGGGGUUCACGUACACGUCGAUCCGGGAGGGCCUGUACUCGGAGUCGUACCCGAUCUACACGGCGUUCCUGGACCCGAGGGCCGCGGCGGACGGGGCCGAGGUGCUGAUCCCGCACGACGGGUCGGGCCCCGGCGUGAGCUGGGUCCGGCGGGACGAGCUCGGCGAGGCGAGCGCGCGGCUGGUCGCGCGGUACUGCGGGGUCGGCGGGCAGUUCCCGCAGCGGCUUGUCAACGGCAAGGUGCUGCUCUCCGGGCCGAGGGAGGUCAGCCUCGCGGAGACGGUGGGGAUCCUGGGGAGGGCCGUGGGCAAGACGUUCAGGAUCCGGGAGGUCGGGGUCGACGAGUAUGUGAGGCUGCCGCAGGUGCUGCGGGUGUUUGGGUCCGAGGACAAGUGCAGGAGCUGGGCGACCGCGUGGGAGGGCAUCAAGGACGGCGAGGCCGCGCUAGUGACGGGGGACCUGGAGGAGAUACUCGGGCGGAAGCCGCAGGGGUACGAGGAGACCAUCAAGGACUUGUUGGCAUGACUGACGUGGACAAGUAGCGUCUUGUUUGGAUUUUCCGGUUGGUUGAUUAUCAGAGCACGCCAGUUGGGUUUCGGGAUGGGUGCCACAUGCGAAUUCAUACAGGUUGGGUGCCUCCAAUACAGCCUUUUCAGAGUCCACAUCGAUCCUCGGACGAGUCUAUCCGGCGUGUUGUCCUUAUUCCCUGGCCUCGUGCGUGGACUGCAGAGCGGACCCGGUAGCUAUGAGCAGGCAUAUUGCUGAGACGACCGUGCCUGCUCAGCUAAUAGUAUAGCCGCCCUGCCAGAAGAAGGCGCCCGACGCGGCAAGACUGGCCACGGCCAGGGCGAGGCGGAGCUCGAUGACGGACCAGACCCAGAGGCAGCCGAGGGGAGGGGCCUGCUUGAGGACGGCGAUGUAGCCGAACUUGUUUGUGAUGUGGAUCAGGUAGCAGCCGGCGGCGGUGCCCAUGGCCAGGAAUAUGGCCUGCCUGGCAUGGUCCUGGAGGCGCAGGGGCAGGCCGGGCACGACCGUGGUGGCUGCGGCGUGGGGGUGGAGGGCGUAGACGAGAGCGGUAAAGGCCAUCAGAGCCUGCAGGGCCCUCUGUGCGAUCUUGAACCACUCCAUGUCCAUGGCAUACUGCUGCUGCACCAGCACGUCGAGGGUCAGGUGCAGCAUCGCCAGCGAGACCGAGUAGAGCAGCGUCUCGAGGAGGCGCUCUGCACCGGGGGACAGGCCCUCGUCGUCGUCGUCGUUGUCGUAGUCGUCGUCGUCGUCAUCGUCGACAGCCUCGCCGUUCUGGCGCUUGUUCUGGCGCUCCUUGGCGGCGGCCUGCUUGAAGAGGUUCCUCUCGUCGGCAAUGUCGAGCAGCGUCUUUUCCGUCGGGCCGGACCGGUCAGGCUGUUUGAGCUUGAUGUUCUUGGCUCGUUUUUCCUUGCGCUCGCGGACCAUUGUCGCUGGUGUUGCUGGCCUCGUAGCCAAUGUCGAGGGGUGAAGGUCAAGGAGGUCGGGUGGGAGGGACACGAGGGUGUCGCGUGGCUGUCGUGCGACUUUG